GGUUCCCAGGCGCGCCUUGAUUAAAGACUAGCAGAAAUCUGCAACGGACAUGACGGACCUUUGAGAAACGUGUUUGCUUCGUGCACGUAACUCAGGCUCAGUAGGUAUUAAAAACUGUGAAGAAACAGGUUACGUGAACUUUAAGCUCUACCACAGAUCUGUUGAUGCUGCACCAUGGACGCAGAUUUGUAUGAUGAGUUUGGUAAUUAUAUUGGACCUGAGCUUGAUAGUGAUUCAGAAGAUGAGGAAUCAGAAGAGGAAGGUCCUGAACCACAGUUGGAAAUUGAGGAGGAUGAAGAUGAACAAGUGGAGGCAGGGGACAUAUCCCAGGCUGUUGUGCUUCAUGAAGACAAAAAGUACUAUCCAACAGCUGAGGAAGUGUAUGGACCUGAUGUCGAGACCAUUAUACAUGAAGAAGAUACUCAGCCACUCACAGAUCCCAUCAUUGCACCAGUGAAACAAAAAAAGUUUACAAUGACAGAACAAGAUCUUCCAUUGACAAUGUAUGACAUGGAAUAUCUUGCUGAUAUGAUGGACAAUGCAGAACUGAUCAGGAAUGUGACAUUGGCUGGACAUUUACACAAUGGAAAGACAUCAUUUGUGGACUGCUUGAUGGAACAGACCCACCCAGAGCUCAGAGUUAAGGAGGAUGGUAGUAUCAGAUAUACAGAUACCCUCUUCACAGAACAAGAGCGGGGUGUGAGCAUCAAGGCCCAACCUGUUACUUUAGUUAUGCCAGACAGUAAAGGGAAGCACUUUCUUAUGAACAUCAUGGAUACCCCUGGGCAUGUUAAUUUCUCUGAUGAGGUGACAGCAGCAUACCGUCUUAGUGAUGGUGUUGUGAUAUUCAUUGAUGCAGCUGAAGGUCUCAUGUUGAAUACUGAGCGUCUCAUUAAGCAUGCUGUACAGGAGCAGGUUGCUGUCACCAUCUGUAUCAACAAAAUCGACAGACUGGUGCUAGAGCUGAAGCUGCCACCUGCUGAUGCAUACUAUAAACUAAGGAACAUCAUUACAGAGAUCAAUGGGCUGAUGAGUGUGUACUCUGAUGAGGCUGAGCCGAUGAUGGUGUCACCAUUACUGGGCAAUGUCUGUUUUGCCAGUUCACAAUACAGCAUGUGCUUCACACUCGCAUCGUUUGCCAAGAUUUAUGCUGAUUCCUAUGGUGGCAUUGACCACCAGGAGUUUGCUAAGCGACUCUGGGGAGAUAUCUACUUCAAUCCAAAGAUCCGGAAGUUUACCAAGAAGUCUCCAGUCAGUACAGCCCAGCGUAGCUUUGUCGAGUUCAUUUUGGAACCCAUGUACAAACUAUUUGCUCAGGUUGUGGGUGAUGUGGACAGUACAUUACCAGGAGUACUGGAUGAGCUUGGUAUUCAUCUGACUAAGGAAGAAAUGAAGAUGAAUAUUAAACCGCUACUCAAACUUGUGUGCAGUAAAUUCUUUGGUGAUUUUACAGGGUUUGUCGAUAUGUGUGUAGAUCAUGUCCCAUCCCCUGUAGCUGCUGCUAAAAUGAAGAUAGAACACUUGUACACUGGACCUGUGGACUCGGACUUGGUUGACACAAUGAUUGAAUGUGAUCCAGAGGGUCCUCUGAUGCUGCACACCACCAAGAUGUACAGCACAGAGGAUGGGGUAAGUUUCCAUGCCUUUGGGCGUGUCAUGAGUGGCACUAUCCAUGCUAAUCAAGAAGUGCGUAUUCUUGGAGAGAACUACACCUUAGAAGAUGAGGAAGAUUCCAGGAUCAGUCUGGUUGGGAGGCUUUGGAUUUCAGAAGCAAGAUACAAAAUUGAGGUGAACCGUGUGCCAGCAGGCAACUGGGUAUUGAUAGAGGGUGUAGAUGAACCAAUUGUCAAGACAUCCACCAUCACAGAGAGCAGAGGGCUGGAUGAGGUCUACAUCUUUCGCCCUCUGAAAUUCAACACCAGCUCAGUCAUCAAGAUUGCUGUGGAACCUGUCAAUCCUUCUGAACUACCUAAAAUGUUAGAUGGACUACGGAAGAUCAAUAAAAGCUACCCCCUCAUCACAACUAAGGUUGAAGAGUCGGGUGAACAUGUGGUUUUAGGCACUGGUGAGCUGUACUUGGAUUGUGUUAUGCAUGACCUGAGGAAGAUGUACUCUGAAAUAGAUAUCAAAGUUGCUGAUCCUGUGGUGGCCUUCUGUGAAACAGUGGUAGAGACUUCAUCACUCAAAUGUUUUGCUGAGACACCCAACAAAAAGAAUAAGCUGACCAUGAUUGCUGAGCCUCUGGAAAAAGGUCUGGCUGAAGACAUUGAGAAUGAAGUUGUACAGAUCAACUGGAACAGGAAGAGAUUAGGAGAGUUCUUCCAGACCAAGUAUGACUGGGAUUUACUGGCUGCUCGUUCUAUCUGGGCCUUUGGACCUGAUGCUACAGGUCCUAACAUCUUAGUAGAUGACACCCUACCAUCUGAGGUGGAUAAGGCAUUGCUGAACUCCGUAAAGGACAGCAUUGUACAAGGAUUCCAAUGGGGAACAAGGGAAGGACCACUAUGUGAUGAACCCAUUCGGAAUGUCAAGUUCAAGAUUCUCGACGCAGUCAUAGCUGGGGAACCGAUUCAUAGAGGAGGAGGUCAAAUUAUCCCCACUGCCAGACGUGUAGCUUACUCCGCCUUCCUUAUGGCCACACCCCGCUUGAUGGAACCAUACUACUUUGUGGAGGUGCAAGCCCCAGCUGAUUGCGUGUCAGCUGUAUACACUGUGCUGGCAAGGAGAAGAGGUCAUGUUACUCAAGAUGCACCUGUACCUGGCUCACCUUUGUAUACCAUCAAAGCCUUCAUUCCAGCAAUUGACUCCUUUGGCUUUGAGACUGACUUGAGAACACACACUCAGGGGCAGGCAUUCUGUCUGUCUGUCUUUCACCACUGGCAGAUUGUUCCUGGUGAUCCUUUGGAUAAGAGUAUCGUGAUACGCCCCCUUGAGCCACAACCUGCAAUGCACCUUGCUCGAGAGUUCAUGAUUAAGACCAGAAGAAGGAAGGGCCUCAGUGAGGAUGUCAGUAUCAACAAGUUCUUUGAUGAUCCUAUGUUGUUGGAGUUGGCCCGACAGGAUGUGUUGCUGAACUACCCUAUGUAAAUGGACCAGUGACAGGAAGACAGCACUCAGCAAGAGGGAUAGUUGAUUUUUCCAACUUGUAGACAAUAAUCAUGCUACAUAGAGCUGAGACAUAGUCAUGCCAUUUUGGAAUAGAUACCAAUUCUGUUUUAUUGUCAGAACUGUUUACUCUUGUUUGAUCAUGCAGACUAUGGGCUGCAUGGAGGAACUUUUGAUUGUGUGGCCUUUUGAUUUUGAAUUAUGUGGCCUACAAAUGAGAACCAAUGAAGGACAUACUGCAGUGUGUGUACCGGAUUUCUUGUGUGUCAGGAGUAAGUCUUUGCAUUUGUCUUUUUGUAGCAAUGAUUUUGUCCUUACCAUGGAGGUGACAGGUACCACCAAUCUGCUUCAGAUUUGUAAUUUUACCCCUGCUAUGUCCUUGUGGUUAAUGUACAAUUUGUACCCCACCAAAUAUGUUGUUUUUAGUACUGGAAGUAUUUGUGAUUUAACAAGUUUCACUUACCACACUCGCACAUGUUGCAAGGUGUAGAGUUAUGUUGCAGCUCAAAGUGUAUCUCCUGUUUCCAUUCUCUGCUGCUCAGGCAAACACUAAAUGAAAUAUGUCAGAGGGCACUGUGCUCAUACAAACACUGGCAUGGUAAUAGCAAUAUGUAUUAUUAUACCAGAGCUACAGUUGAGUGUAUUGUCUGCACGUCUCUGGGUACCUCCAAUGGAGUGAAGACCAACAGCUACUGUAGCUCAGACAACAGACUCAGAUGUAGCCUAAGACUUAGUUUUGUGAAUGCUUUAUUCAGAUGCCUUUUUAAUGGUAAAAUAUUCAAAUUGUAUGUGCACUGACAUGGCAGAACUACAACCACAAAUACAUAAAAAGGCACUUUUAGCUACCUUUCACAUAAUGAAAGUUGUUUAAAUAAGUAGAUACUUCUAAGUUUGGUCAUUAUGUAUUCAAAUCCUGGCUUUUCUGAAGUAUCUGUGUUUUUUAAUUGGAUAGUUGUGACCAAAUAUUUAGCUUGUGGGGGAGAAUUUUGAAGAAUUGUGAAAAAUAAAGUCAUUUCCGUACAAAAGGU